CUCCCUCCCUUUUCUUUUUUCAGUUAAGCUGAGUGUAGAGCAGUGAUUCCCAGUCUUUUCCUGGUCUGCCAGCUUUUUCCUAUCAGUGUCAGGAAUCCUUUGUGUCUGAACAGUGCCUGCAUUCUCCUACCCAGCGGGCCCCAACCGUUAUUCCUUAACUUGCUGGGUAUUUUUCACAACCCGUAACAUUCUAUGUUUUUUUGCUUAUUUCUGGACAGGGAAGUUCCUCGGCGACAUGGUCUUAUCCCAGGCUCGGGGCAUCCUACUCCAGAAAUAUGACUUUAAAAGAAAAAAGCCCAUCGGGUAUUGAGGAAAAAAAUACAGAUCCUAUUUGCUGUGUGGCGAAUGGAUUGAAAAGGAGAACGUAGGAGACCAUGUAGGAAACUGUUGCGGAAGUCCAGGGUACUUUGAAACCAGGGCCCGGGGCGCACCAGAGCACUGACUGCCCUGGUGUCCGGAUGGAGACCUGAACUGGCAGAAGGAAGACGUACCUAGAAGGAAGUUACAGAGGAUAACAACAUGGAGAUGAAGCCGCAGGAUGGCAGAAGGAGUCCCCCCCACAGGGAGGUGCCCCCAGUCGUGGGGCUGCUGCUGGCCAUGGCUGUCAUGAACGCGCUCCUCUACCUCUGCCUCGAUCGCUUCUUCAUCGCCCCCCGGCGUUCCGCCCUGGACCCCCGGCACUGUCCCUACGGCCACUUCAGAGUGGGGCAGAUGAACAACUGCUCGGCAUGGCUGUCCUGUGAGGAGCUGAGGACAGAAGUGAGGCAGCUGAAGCGUGUUGGGGAGGGAGCCGUGAAGAGAGUCUUUCUGUCCGAGUGGAAGGAACGCAAAGUCGCUCUCUCACGGCUCACCAGUCUGGAGAUGAAAGACGAUUUCCUCCACGGACUGCAGAUGCUGAAAUCUCUGCAGAGCAAACAUGUUGUCACGCUGCUUGGCUUCUGUGAAGAUGACAACACUAUUCUCACCGAGUAUCACCCCUUAGGGUCCUUGAGCAGCCUGGAAGCGACGCUCAACCUUUCCAAGUACCAAGCCGUGAACACCUGGCAGCAGCGGCUGCAGCUGGCCAUGGACUACGUGGGCAUCAUCCACUACCUGCACCACAGCCCCCUGGGCACACGGGUCAUGUGCGACUCCAACGACCUGCCCAAGACGCUGUCCCAGUACCUGCUGACCAGUAACUUCAGCAUUGUGGUGAACGACCUGGAUGCCCUGCCCCUGGUGAACCGCAGCGCCGGGGCGUUGGUGAAGUGUGGCCACAGGGAGCUUCACGGGGAUUUCGUGGCUCCGGAGCAGCUGUGGCCCUACGGAGAGGACGUGCCUUUUCGCGACGAUCUCAUGCCCUCAUAUGACGAGAAGAUCGACAUCUGGAAGAUUCCCGAUGUCUCCAGUUUCCUUUUGGGGCAUGUCGAAGGGAGCGACAUGGUCCGAUUCCAUUUGUUCGAUAUUCAUAAGGCCUGUAAGAGCCAGACUCCUGCAGAGAGGCCCACCGCGCAGGCCAUUCUGGACACUUACCAGCACGUUCUGAAUUCACUCAGAGACACCGUGACGUCUCAGACCAGAGAAAUGCUAUGAAGACUAGUCCGGUCAGUGAGGGGUGCGAGUUAAGGAACAGCAGUUCUGCUCUGACGGUGAGCUUGCUGCUGUUCAGCCAGGUGGCUCCACCUCUGUACCCACGUGCACGUGUGAGCGGCUGCCUCUGCUCGCCACCGGGGCGGAAAUUGCUAAGCCAGAGCAACCGACGUGAUCUAAGUCUGGCUUCACUUCUAACGCUGACCGCUCCCAGGAGAAGAUGCAGAGAAGCCGUCAAUCUGACCUGUAUCUGAAGGAAGUAACUACAGAAAGUUGUAGCUGCAAAGAGCCUUUCCCUGACCUAAUAACUGAGUUUGUAAGCUUGUAAGAAAGGUAGAUAGAGACGAUUUUUAAAUGGCAGUAUAUGAAGGAAGCAUAGAGUAGUUCUCCAAGGAAUUUUCUUUCCU